UACUUAAGUCAGUCGUACUUAAUAUUCGAACAGAUACGGUCGGUUUUAAUGAAAACAAAAUAUAAAUUAGCAUUACGAGACGUUCGGGGUCUGUUUUCGCCAAACAGCAGAUGCUCUGUUGCAUAUUGGCAAUAUUAGGAGUUUCGUGGUGCUUUUGUGGGACACUUCUGCCGAACUGUUACGUUACGUGGAUGGGAUCGCCGUUUUGAAGAGACCUUUGAAGAAGUGAACAAUUUCUUCGGGGGGUCGUCGAUUGCGAUUGCGCGCGCGCUCUGUUGCUGGUGCUGCAAAGAUACCGAAUGCGAGGUCCGAGAUUGUCUUUAAACCGUUUGUCAUCUUGAGGUCCCGGAGUCGUAGCAGUCUGGUGGUGGGAGCGUCUGCUGCUGCUGGUGCUACUUCUGGCCUUAGCCUCCUCCUAGCGAUAAGUCUUUUCUCCCACAUAAAGAAAGGAAGAAAGCAAAAAAAAAACAAACUCCAGUUUACUCCACUCUGCUCCACACCCAAACUUCAAACUGCUCUCGUUUUAUUUCGUUUGCGCGAACGUGAGAAAUUGAUACUGCCGGAAAUGUAGAUUUAUAUGAAUAGCAGAAUAAAGAAGAUAGUUUCUGCUCGUUUGUCUUGCACGAUCCGCGGUGACGGUGAACGAUACUCUCCUGCAGCCACAAUCUGGUGCUGUGCUGCAAUGUGACGACGUUGGUGAAUGAAGAAUAGUUUUUUUUUCAUUUCGGUAGGGAAAAAGUCCUUGCUGUUUCGAUUCGUGGGCAAGCUCACAAGGAUUUACUGUGAUUGUAUUUUUUCGUGUGUGUUUGAUUUAAGUGAUGGUGAUAUGUUUCACGCAUUUCGUCGAGUGAAAGUGUAAUCAGUUUCGCAGUGUGAAAGAAAGUACCACGAACCACAGGUUAAAAUUUUCACAAAAAUAAACGUUAAGAUAUUAAAGUGCCAGUGUGUGCAAAGCAACAAUUUGCAUCCAAUCAGUGGGGCAACAUUUUUCUCCAAAUUUCACCCCAGUGCGCGCAAGGAUCAUAACUCAGCAGAGUGCCCGGUGUCGGUGUCAGCGAAAGGAAGCUACGCGGAUUUGGCCCCCAAGGAAUCAACGCACGCAGUGGAAAGAUAAAUGGAUGAACCGACUCUGGCACCGGCGAAGGAUGAUUGGCUGUGAUAACAAUGAUGUCCCGCCCAUUACCAUUUACGUUAGCGUUUAGGAGUACCUGAAGAGUAGUGGUAGCAGCAGAAUGGAUUAGUUAGUGUUACUUUUUCAGCAUCGCCAAAUAUCCGAAUGAGAAUGGACUGCGUAUGGUGGACAGGCAAGGAUCUCAUGCAUAAUAAAACGCACCAGUUGGUCCCCUUGCCAGAGACAGUGUGCAUCGUGUUAUGCAGCAUACGAGUCACCUCGACGGGCCACCGCAACAAGAAUGAACCAGGUUCAGAGUGAUCUAGUAACGUCCGCAGUAACCGCAAAAACAGCAACCGCAGUCAAACAAUCGGGUAACAUCAACGGCACUCACGGCAAAGCCGCAGCUGUUAACGUUAACAACAAUAAUAAUAACAAUACUAGCAAUACUUCAGCGAACACCACGAUCAACAACAAUAACCUCAACAGCAAGAACAAAAAUCAGAACAAUUCGAGUCAGGUGAACGGCGCGGGCAGUGUUAUUCAUAUGACAAACGUCAGUGUACCACAGAAACUUCUGGUCCCGAAUGGGAAAUCGCAGGCCCCAGCAGCGCCCUCUGCACCGGAUGCACGGGCAAAGCAGGUCCUAAAGGAGGCAGUCGAUGCCGUUGUAAAUAGCUUCGCCAAACACACCCAAGGAUAUGGUAGAGUAAACGUCGUCGAGGCAUUGCAGGAGUUCUGGCAGAUGAAGGCCGCACGGGGAGCAGACCUGAAAAAUGGCGCACUGGUGAUAUACGAAUCCAUCCCGUCUACGAGUCAACCGUACGUCUGUUAUGUAACCUUGCCCGGCGGAAGCUGCUUCGGAAGUUUCCAGAAUUGUCCAACCAAGGCGGAAGCCCGCCGGAGUUCGGCCAAGAUAGCUUUAAUGAAUUCGGUUUUCAACGAGCAUCCCUCCCGUCGGAUCAGCGACGACUUCAUCGAGAAGGCAGUGCAGGAAGCACGGGCGUCCUUCAAGGGAGAAAACCCGGAGGAUGACGGGCCAGAUACGGGGAUCGGGGCAUUCAGGUUUAUGCUGGAAACCAACAAAGGUCGAACGAUGCUCGAGUUCCAGGAGCUGAUGACCGUGUUCCAGCUGCUCCAUUGGAAUGGUUCGCUCAAGGCGAUGCGCGAGCGGCAAUGCUCCCGGCAGGAAGUGGUCGCCCACUAUUCCAACCGAUCUCUGGAUGAUGAAAUGCGCCAGCAGAUGGCCCUGGAUUGGAUCGAACGGGAGCACGAGAAUCCGGGUUUGCUGAGUAGAGAGCUGGCUAUAGCCGAGAGAGAACUUGAGACUGCUCGACUGGCUGGACGAGAGCUACGGUUCCCCAAGGAGAAGAAGGACAUCCUACAGAUGGCUCACAAUCAACUCAACGGUGGCAGCAAUAUCAACAGUUGAACAUCGAUUUGAACGUUUGCGAUAAUUUUAGUUUUGUAGAAUCGAUAAUAAUGACAAAUUCGUAUGCAAAGAAAUUGCAUCUCCUGUUGUGAGUGCUCUUUGCAUAACAUUGACACUGGUCUCGUGCUUGCUUUCGGAAUCAAACGUAUAACAUUUCCUGAAUUGAUCGAGUGGAUUUGUUUUAUAUGCAUUAGUGAUUACGAUAUUUUUGUUUUAUAGUUCUUUGGUAGAAAACAAACAAAUCAAGCGGCAAGAUUGCAUUCGCAAGUAACAUAUAAACAGUAACGAACAACCAGAACAUAAGCUCAAGUAAAUGUGAUUUUUUAUAAUUUCAUACUUAUCAUACGAUUUUAAAGGUAGCAUUCCAUAGCCGUUAUCAGUGAACAGCAUUUUUAAAUGGUGGUGGUUUUUAUUCGUUUACAAGUUGACUACUUUUUUAUGUUCUAAUACUAAAAGCUUUCACUAUUACUCAUAGUUUCACUACAAUUUAUGAUAGAAAACACAAUCUACUAAAUAUUCCCAUUCUAUAUGACAACGCAAACAAUAGAUUAGUAAUAGAAAGUAAUGCACACAAAACACACAUACAGACACGAUAAAAGCAAUACAACCAACCCACACAAAUGUACAUACACCGAGCGAUGAAAGCGUCUGCCUAUUUUGUUGUUGAUCGUAAUUGAUCGAUCCAGCUAUCACUCUCCUCCCACAAAUUCACAUCUCCUAAACGCGGUGAGAUGCAAAUCCCACAGCUGAGCGCUGACAGAGCAAAGCAAAAGCAAACGUACGAACUGGAAGCAAAACGAUAUUUGAUUAGCGAAAAGUCUAUUUAUUCAAACAAAAAAUGUGAUUUAUAUGAGUGGAAAUGAAUUUUAGCUAGAAAAAAUUUAAUAUUUUGUCGACUCAAAAAUUUUAAUUUAUAUUUAUGAAGAAAACUUAAGGCAGUUUAUUUACACCUAAAAAUAUUAUUUUAGAGAAUGUUUUAAUUGUAAUUACUCAACUAAACAAUACUUAUUUCGGCCAAAUUUAAUUUUAAAAAUUUAGACGGAAAUUGUGAUUUAUUCGAAUUUUUAAAUAUUGUAAUAAGGAUAAGCUACUGUCGAUGUGUUUAACCGUUAUAUGCAAAGUAUUGGCGAAUAAAAUCAACCUUACCGUGAUGGAAAUUGGUUGGCAGAGCAGGGAAAGCUACGUCUACGAACUUCCAGAACUGUACCCCCCCCCUUUUUCCAACGCCAUCAUUCCCCGUGUUAUAACCUGAAUCUGCCAACGAACAUGUAAAAAUACAGUUUUAGCGAAAAGGCGUGAAUAAAUAGUUUCGUUUUAAAUAAAA